CCUGGCCGCCAUUGGCCAGGACGCGUUCUAUGCCUCCGCCGCGCUACUGACCGCCCGGGGAGAAGAAGCCCGCGGACGAGGCCUUGGAGGGGGGAGCUUUGCAGCCAUGUCGGAGCAACCUGAGCUCAGCGGCCUCACCGACGAGGCGGCCUUCGGUGCCUGCUCUGACCCCGAUCCCAGCACCAAGGACUUUCUCUUGCAACAGACAAUGCUAAGAAUAAAGGAUCCUAAAAAGUCACUGGAUUUUUAUACCAGAGUUCUUGGAAUGACCCUGCUUCAGAAAUUUGACUUUCCUACCAUGAAAUUCUCCCUCUACUUCCUGGCAUAUGAAGAUAAAAAUGAUAUUCCAAAAGAUGCAAAGGAGAAAACUGCAUGGACAUUUUCAAGAAAGGCCACAAUAGAGCUGACACAUAACUGGGGCACCGAAAAUGAUGAAAAUCAGGCUUAUCACAAUGGCAAUUCAGACCCUCGAGGAUUUGGUCAUAUUGGAAUUGCUGUUCCUGAUGUAAAUACAGCAUGUAAAAGAUUUGAAGAGCUGGGAGUAAAAUUUGUAAAAAAGCCAGAUGAUGGUAAAAUGAAAGGACUGGCUUUUAUUCAGGAUCCUGAUGGUUACUGGAUUGAAAUUCUGACUCCUAAUCAUAUGCAGACCCUAGUUUAAGUUUGAAUUACUAUACCAAGAUCUUUUCAUCAAGAAUGUGAAGGUGGUUAUCAACAUCCUCCUGAUUUUGAGACUUAAAUACUGGAUUGAGAGGGGAAAAAUUAUGUAGUUAUUUAAACGCCCAUGUAAUACAAGCAGUCUCACAAUCUGCUUUCUCCCCUCAGGAACCAAAAUGUCUUGUGUCAGUCCUGUCAACUGGUCUCCAAAUAGUCUGGGUUUUGAGGACUUGGCAUGAGCACUCUCUCCUCAUCUCCUUUGAUCUUUUAAAUUGUGAUGAGCCAUUUUACCUGAAUAUAGUAAACUGGCUUGCCACAAGCUAGAAAUUGAGGUUUCUAAUUUCUUCCUUGUCAUGCAUGAAUGAAGGAUUACAAUAAGCAUUUGAACCUGAAGCUUAUAGCUGUUUGUCCUCAUAAAGAAGAAAAAUAUAUGGCUUGUGGAAACCCCAAUUAAGAUUUACAGCUUAGUUUGAGCUUCCCAAUGUACAGAAGACAAACCAUGGUUUACAAUUUCUUGUCUUCUGUCUUUCAUCCACUCUGCCUUUCAGAACUGCAUUCCUGUCACCAUGAUGCAGCAGCUUUUUAAGAAAAAAGAACAGCCAUAACUGUAGUUUUUCAAUUAUUUUUAAAUUCAGAUGAAAUGGCAAUUGAGCUUGAAUAGGUUCACACAAAAAUAUAAAAUAAAAAAAUUGACAUGUUGUCAGCAGUCAAUAUGCUCUGGAAUUUGAGCCCUGUAAAUUAUGAUGCUCAUAAAUCUUCACUAUCGUGUGCUUCUCACAUCUGUGUGGUUAUAUUCUCAUCCCAAAAUUAAAUAAAAUAUUUGAAGUUUUCCAUUUAAAAAA